UUUUCCGUUACUUCCUAAUGAAGCCUUUUCAAAUAAGAGCCCUUGCACAUAAAUUUCUCAACACCCAAGAACAUCUAACCAGUUAAAAAGUAAAGAAGAGUAAAGGAGAUUUUUGUCCAUGGCUAUUGCUAUAACAUGUUUUGCUUUCAUCCUGUUGGUGCAACUUUGCAGCAUCAUCAAUGCCAAAUCUCUGCCUAAGUUCCCUGCCAUCCUCAUCUUUGGAGAUUCAACAGUUGAUACUGGCAACAACAAUUACAUCUCUACAAUAUUUCAAGGUAAUCAUCGCCCUUAUGGGGAAAACUUUCCUGGCCAGAUUCCCACUGGAAGAUUUUCAGAUGGGAAACUCGUUCCUGACUUUUUGGCAUCCAUGUUAGGCGUCAAAGAAUAUAUUCCUCCUUUCCUACAACCAUAUCUAUCAAACCAUGAUCUUCUAACGGGUGUUAGCUUUGCAUCUGCUGGCUCCGGAUAUGAUGACUUAACCACAACAGCAUCUAAAGCAAUCUCCAUGUCCAAUCAAAUAAAAUAUUUUGAGCAAUACAUAGAGAAACUUCAGCUUAUUGUUGGAGAAGAAAAAGCUCAGAAACUUCUCAGUGGUGCUUUGGUUGUUAUCAGUGCAGGGACUAAUGAUUUCAUCUUCAAUUUCUAUGAUAUCCAAACACGGAGGCAUCAAUUUAAUAUAACAGGAUAUCAAGAUUUUAUGCUGAGUCUACUCCAAAAUUUUGUUGAGGAUCUAUAUAAUCUUGGUUGUCGAAAGAUGCUUGUUGCUGGGCUUCCUCCCGUUGGUUGUCUUCCAAUACAAGUAACUGCAAAGUCCCCAUUCCUGAGAAAGUGCAUUGAAGAGGAGAAUUUUGAUGCUCAAUCCUAUAAUGCCAAACUUGCAAGGUUGCUAAAACAAAUACAAGCAGCACUUUUAGGAAGCAAAAUCUUGUAUUCAGAUACAUAUCAUCCCUUCAUGCAUAUGAUCAACCAUCCAAAAAAAUACGGAUUUUUAAAAACUAGGCGUGGUUGUUGUGGCAGCGGCACAUAUGAGGCAGGUCCAUUCUGUAACAAACAUCGUCCUGUCUGCAAAAAUGCUUCUAAAUACUUGUUUUGGGACAGUAUACAUCCUAGUGAAUCGGCCUACCAACAUCUUUCUAAUAUGGCAAUGAAGAAACUACUGCAUCACAAACUAUUGCAUAACAAAACUCAUUAAUAGAUGUAUACAAACUUCAAGUUCCAAAUAUUGUAUCGAAGUAUGACCUGGUGCUGAAA